UAUAGAAUUUUUCACUGUUGGGUUCUCACCAUCCCAAUCAAUAUCGGUGCGGCCAGGGUGGAUGCGGCACUUGAUGGCAAAGCAGAGAGAGACCAUUAAGGUGGCAAUGGAGGUCCGGCAGCCAACGGGGACCAUGGCACCUCCAAAAAUUGUAAUGUCCACUCUUCUUUCUACUGUCUCUGCACUUGUUGACAGUGUGGAUAGAGACUAA